AUGAAUCCUACAAAUGAUGAUCCAGUGUUUGGGACCAUUUUUGACUGGGACUAUCUCUUAUGGGAAGUUCGUUUGACAUUUUUAGCUGCUGGUUUUUUAAUCUACUUGGGAGUAUUUCUUCUGUCUCACUGGUUGUCUUCAUGGAUAAGUACCACUUAUCGUGCCUUGUAUGCAAAGGAGAAGGUCUUUUGGAAUAUGGCAGUCACACGUGGUGUGUUUGGACUUCAGAGUUGUGUUGCUGGGUUAUGGGCUUUGCUCAUAGAUCCUGUUUUUCAUGCUGACAAAGUGUAUUCACAGCAAAAGUGGAGUUGGUUUAACUGUUUAAUAGCUGCUGGAUUUUUCUUGCUUGAAAACGUAGCUGUUCAUGUAUCCAACAUUGUUUUUAGAACAUUUGAUGUGUUUGGUAGUUCAUCACUUGCUCGCUUUUGGUGGCUUGGCUGGUCUAGUAAUAAUGUGAAAUCUGGACAUUAUCUGCCUUUGAUGGGAAUGUUGCUGGAGAUGAGUACUCCCUCAACGUGCAUUUCCUGGAUGCUUCUAAAGGCUGGCUGUGCUAAUACCUUUUUCUGGAAGGCAAACCAGUGGGUGAUGAUCCACCUGUUUCACUGCCGCAUGAUUCUUACUUACCACAUGUGGUGGGUGUGUAUUUUCAAUUGGAAUUCUGUGAUGGAAAAUCUGGGACUUCUUCAUUUUAUUGUUUUAUUCUCGGGAUUAUUUGCUGUUACACUAAUACUUAACCCAUACUGGACAUACAAAAAAACCCAGCAACUCCUCAGACCAACUGACUGGAACUUUGAAAAUAAAGCAAUGGAAAAUGGAAAAUCAAAUGGUGAAACACAUCAAAAGAAGAGGAUAUAA